AUGGCUCCUACCAUUCUCAUCGUCGGUGCCACAGGCAACACCGGCCAAGCUGUUGUUGAAACCCUGCCAAAGUUGCUUCAAUCAAGCAAUGCUUUGUCUGAGCACCGUGUUAUUGCUCUUACCCGUUCCUUGAAGAGUCCAGUGGCACAAAAGCUUGCCAAACUGCCUGGAGUUGAAGUGAUUGAGCAGAACUGGGUUGAAAUCACCUCUGACUGGCUCCGUGAACAUCAAGUCACCAGAGCAUUCAUUGCCCCACACAAUGACCCGAAUGCCUUCGCCGAAGAGUCUACAUUCCACAUUGCUGCCUUGAACGCCGGGGUCAAAUAUGUCGUGCGAAUCUCGACCACUGCCGCAAAUGUCCGCCCAGAUUGCGCCGCUUACUAUGCACGUACGCACUGGGCGAUCGAGGCUCUCCUGAGCUCGCCCGAAUUCACCAACCUGCAGUGGACUUCACUCCAGCCCAACAUCUUUUCGGCUCUCUACCUUUCGAGCGCUGCGGAAUUUAUCAAACAAUACCGCAAAACUGGAAAGCAGGGAGCACUCAAAUUGCUAGCAUCGAAGGAUGCGCCUGUCGGUGUGAUCGACCCUUCCGAGGUUGGAGUUUUUGCGGCUCGUCUCUUGUCCCAAGACGACCCCGCUGUGCACAACAAGGCCAGAUAUGUUCUUAAUGGACCAGAGGACAUUACUGGGAAGCAGCUAGUGGACUUGGUCGAGCAGUACAUUGGUACGCAGGUUGAGCAAGUCAUCUAUCAAGACACAUCAUUCCUUGACCUGCUUUACGAGCACAAUUAUGCGAAAACGAAUCAAUCAAAGAACGUGAUUUUUUCUAUCAAGCACGCCCCGGUGACAGCAUGGGAAGGAAAAUGUUCAGUUUCAACCACGAGCGAGGUAGUAUUGGAGCUUGCUGCACCGAAGAUUACGCCUGCUGAGGUGUUGAAGAGCCUCCUGCAGGAGUAA